AUGUUCAAGAGAAUGGCUGAGUUCGGGCCUGACUCUGGGGGCAGGGUGAAGGGCGUUACCAUUGUGAAGCCGAUCGUGUAUGGGAACGUGGCGCGGUACUUCGGGAAGAAAAGGGAAGAGGAUGGCCACACGCACCAGUGGACGGUUUAUGUCAAGCCCUACAGGAACGAGGAUAUGUCUGCCUACGUGAAAAAAAUCCAAUUUAAGUUGCACGAAAGCUAUGGUAAUCCAUUAAGAGUUGUUACCAAGCCACCCUAUGAAAUCACCGAGACAGGCUGGGGUGAAUUUGAAAUCAUCAUUAAGAUAUUCUUCAUUGAUCCAAAUGAAAGACCUGUAACCUUGUAUCACCUGUUGAAGCUUUUUCAGUCUGAUACCAAUGCCAUUCUGGGAAAGAAAACUGUAGUUUCUGAAUUCUAUGAUGAAAUGAUAUUUCAAGAUCCCACUGCAAUGAUGCAGCAGCUAUUGACAACAUCUCGUCAGCUAACACUGGGUGCUUAUAAGCAUGAAACAGAGUUUGCAGAUCUUGAAGUGAAAACCAGGGAAAAGCUGGAAGCUGCCAAAAAGAAAACAAGUUUUGAAAUUGCUGAGCUGAAGGAAAGGCUGAAAGCAAGUCGUGAGACCAUCAACUGCUUAAAGAGUGAAAUCAGAAAGCUUGAAGAAGAUGAUCAGUCUAAAGACAUGUGACAAGGCUUGACUAGGAGACAGAGUGGAAGGACUUCAAUCAUGUAAUUGCAUGGAAUUCCCUAGCUUAGUCUAUGGGAAUCUCACUUGCAAAUGAUUGAAGUCCCUAACGAUUGACUUCAUACAUGGGGAGGACAAAACAAAACAAAAAAGAAUGUGUCCUUGGUUUAUAAUUUUAAUCUGUGGGUACUUCAUGAUUUAUUUCAAGUAGAAGAGGACUUGGAGACCAGACUACUUUUUUUUGUUUGUUUGUUUUAACUUCCUUUGAGUGGUGUAUAAAAACUUUUGUAUUAAGUCUUGUCUUAGUUCAAUGUGGUUUUACAAAAUGCUGGUGUUUACUUUUUUAC